AUGCCCCAAUCAACACCACUCAUUAUCACCAUGAAGUAUGGCCAAGACUUGGAAUUUGACACUGAGCAUCUUGAGGAGACUGUGGCUCAUUUCCACCAGAAUCAUUCAUUUGAGCACAUCUCACACUGGAGUUUUGCGCUUGCCAGCCACCUUCGUGCCUGUGUAGUUAGGGGAACAGAAAUUAUCGAUCCUGCUUACAUCGUGGCAGAACAUGGACAAGUCUUUGAUGAAUAUGGACAGGAAAUUGAUGACUUGGAUGAGCUUCCAUAUGGAAAUGAAGAUAACAACCCCAUCAAUAUUUAUGAUGCUGGUGGCAAUAUCAUCAACAGGAAGAUAUCUUUGGCACACCCCACCUGA